AUGAAGCCUAAAGGAGACACUUUAAACAAUGGGCUUGUAAUUGAACUUUGGUUCAAAGUAUCUGCUAUAGUCCACUGCCGGAACGAUUAUAGAAGUGGUAGUAAUGCAGAGGGUCAUCAAAGUGGAUUACCAAGGCCAUAUGGUGGUCAAGGACAUGGUCCAGGCUCUUACAGUAGCAGCGGGGGAAAUAGCAAUUCCAAAUGGGAUUCAGUUGCCAAGGAUAGCAAUUCCGAUUGGGGCAGUUUCCCAGGUGCAAAAGUCCAGAAUUCUCCUGGCAGGCAAGCUUUUCCUGCUGGGUGGGGAAGUGGCGGAAAUGGCAGUGGCGAUGGGGUUGCCAGUGGCAGCAAUUGGGGGCAUGGGACUGGUGGUCGGUCUUACAAUGAGAAGUCUGGAUGGGGUAGCGGCUUUAAGAGUCGCAAAGUAAUGGUGGGUGGUUGGUGA